GCGGGGUGAGACGCGGUGCUGCGGUGCUCGGACUUAGGCGCGGGCGGCCAAAGGCCACGAGUGAGUGAGGUCGCGGCCGCUGAGGCGCGCGCGUUCACGCAACACCGCCCCCCACGAGCGCUGCCGGCUGCUUCCGGCUGGGGCGCGAAUGUGGCCGCCGUGCCGGGCGCUGCGGGCCCAGGCCCUGGCCCUGGCGCGGUCGCGGGGAGCCUGCGCCUGCGGCGGGGACGGUGGCGUCUCCUACACGCAAGGCCAGAGCCCUGAACCUCGGACACGCGAGUACUUCUACUACGUGGACCACCAGGGCCAGCUUUUCCUGGAUGAUUCCAAAAUGAAGAAUUUCAUCACCUGCUUCAAAGACCUGCAGUUCCUGGUCACCUUCUUCUCCCGCCUGAGACCCAACCGCACCGGACGCUACGAGACCUCCUUCCCCUUCCUUUCCCCCUGUGGCAGAGAGCGCAACUUCCUGCGCUGUGAGGACCGGCCGGUGGUCUUCACGCACCUGCUGGCCGCGGGCAGCGGGCCCCCGCGCCUCUCCUACUGCGGGGGCGGCGAGGCCCUAGCCGUGCCCUUCGAGCCGGCACGACUGCUGCCCCUGGCCGCCAACGGGCGCCUGUACCACCCGGCGCCGGAGCGCGCGGGCGGCGUGGGCCUGGUGCGCUCAGCCCUGGCCUUCGAGCUGAGCACCUGCUUCGAGUACGGGCCCGGCGCGCCCUCUCUGCCCUCGCACGUGCGCUGGCAGGGCCGCCGCCUCGCUCUCACCAUGGACCUGGCCCCGCUGCUGCUCCCGGCUCAGCCUCCCUAAGCCGCGGGCGGUAACGGGUUGGGAGACAGCUGGCGCGCCCAGCGUCCCCGUCCGCUCGCCGAGUACUGCCAGCCAUUCCCAGUGCACCGCCCCCUCCCGCCCCGCGUCCCUUCCACCCCUUCCCCCCGUGCUGGCUUUCGCGCCAGCUGAGUGCGCGUGCGUGCAGAAGCGGUCACGCCCCGCCCUGCGCUGUCCGUGGUGCUGCCGCGGCCCCGCCGUCUUGGACCCUCUGCUCUCCCCACCCCGCUCCGGGCGUCCUCUGGAUUGGCCCGCGGUCGCUACGUCAGGCCCGGGUAGCGAGCGCAAGAGGUGCGGGGCUCUGGUGCGCGUGCGCAAGCGUCCCUUGCCUAGCCGCUGCUUGGACCCGGGCCGCCCGCAGGGGAUCCGCUCGCCGCGGGAGCGCCAGCUGAGGGGGCGUCUGGCCCAAGGUCAGUUGGCGUGGGGGCGGGAUCGGGACUGUCCUGGCGGGGGGUGAGGAACGCAGAGGCCACGCCCUCCCUGAGUCCGGGCGGGGGCUGACCCACGCUGGAGAGGGCGGGCGACGGAGGCGGUGGGGAAGAGGCAGCGGGUCGCAAGGGCAGUUCCAGCAGCAGCGCUGCAGAGGUGGCUAAGGGCCGCCCAGAGACCCUGGCUCUGGCCUCAUACUGCGCCGGGGGUCAGGGGCGCACACAGAACCGUCCUACCGCCUCUGCACUUUUGGGGCCCAGGAGACCAUGACAGCCCCCGCGGAAUCCUGGACGCCCCGCCCCCUGCCCAGCCGGAUUAGGGGGGUUUCCUCUGAUAAAAGGAUUUCUGGGCCCCUCCGGCCUGGGGCUCUCAUCCCUGCCGGGGCCCUUCUACACUGAUCUGCAUCUGUCGGUCCGUGUGAGCAGCAGUGCCCUGGGUUCUGAGGAGGAAGCCAAGCACCCUCUCUGCUCUGGAAGCCUUGCUGCUGGAGACCAGGUGGGCCAGGCCUGGAUCCCUGGGCCAGCCCUUUGUGCUCAGAGCAAAGGAUCCUAAGGGCCCGGAGAAUGCCCUCACCUUCCUGGGUUCACACACAUUCUGAGACAUCUGCCCCUCCCUGGGCCAAAGCUAUUCCAUUAAAACUUUAUUGCUGUGCUUA